UCCUUUUCCCCCCUCCCACCCUCAUCCUUUUCGUCCCUGGAGGAAACGCUUGUCUCUGCCAAGAUCCUGCCUCGCGAAAGUAAACAACAUGAAAUUACAAUAAAAUGUUGUGAUUUGCUGGGCUGACGCUCAGGAGCUGCACAGUUACGAAAAGAGUCUUCUAUAGAUAGCCCUGUGAGAAAUAAACAAUCUUCCAUCUUGAGUGGGCUUCAGAUCCGAGCACAAGGGCAGGGCGGAUGAAGAGCGAGGGAUUUCUUCCCCGAACCGCAAGGUCCUUAGGAAGUUUAUAUUGCAGCAGCUGUCGGCAGCUCUGACAUGUUGGUGGUUGGCCAUCACACAGUACCACUGAUAUUUGGAGCUCUGCACGUGUGCGUGCUGUUGUUGCUUGAUGUUUUAAGACCGGGUCGUGCACUGAAAUGCCCGAGAACAAAUAAUAUGAGCUGCAACUUGUUUCCUCUGGGGUUCUUCCAAAUAAUUCAAACUACAGCAACCCUAAAUGGAGGUGUAAUCCCCGGGAGAUGAGCUGCCUUGGAUGCUUGCCAGUUUAGCAGGCUGGGUAAUCUGCGCUGUCAUCAAGAUUUGAGGAUUAGCUUUAGUGAAGCUAGUUGGCUUUGACAUUUCAUUAGGGAAGUUUUUAGUAGUUUUUCAUCCUCUGUAAAUAUAUAAUGAAUAUUAUGCUGUAAAAUAUAGAUGAUGCAGUUUUGUUACCCUUAUACCUUUUAAUAUUCGUGCAAGUUGAGGCCGGAACUGCAGACAUCUUUUAUCUGCUGAGUAUUUUUUAAGUCAUUGCUUGUUUAGGAAAGACUAACUGAAUCAAAGGCUGAUUUUGUAAAGGAUCUGCUUCCCCCAGUGCUAACCAAUAAAUUUUCAUCCGGGUAAUUUAAGUUACCGAAGUGUUAUCUCCCAAAGAAAGGAUAAAAGCAGACACUACUUAUCCUAUAAUCUGAAAAUAUUUUGAAAAGUGAACUGGAAUAUCAAUAAAAUGGCUUAUCAUCAAGGUCUCACAAGAGCAGUAGAGGACAUUUAUUUAAAAAUCAAAAUGCUAAAUUUAGAGGAAUGGACGGGGCUCGUGAGAAGGGAGUGUGUACAAGUGACAGUGCUGUAAAUUGUCUCGAGGGUUCAAGGGACUGGGGAAGGACACCGUGUCCUGAAGUCACUUGUUCCCAGCAGAGAUGUCUCUGCUGAUAAGAGCUGGUUGUUGUUUGUGAUGACAGUGAUCGAAGAGGACAAGGUAGAGGCUCACCCAUAAGCUCCUGCAGCUUUUUUCAGAACAGGGCUGUCGCCUGCUUUAUUUAUCACAGCAUGAAACGCUCCAAGUUUUUUGCCUGCUGCAGAGCACGGGUGCACAUCCUCGGAGCUGCAUUUGUCGUAAUGCUCUUCCAAGUUCUUCUGCAUGACUGUGCCCAUGGGCACCGUGGUACUGCUGGGAAGGCCAAGAGGGGUUCGUGGGAGCCAGCAGGGACACCCGGCUCCGACUUGUAGCAGGGGCCUGGCAGAUGAAGGAAGGGGAGGUCCCUGCCCCCUUUUGGCUGUCUUGCCUCCUUGUCUCUGCCUUGCUCUCCUUUAUGCCAAUAACAUUCUGUCCUUCACUGUUGACAAUUAUUGAAGCGGUUCUGGCGACAGCAUUUGUUAUCUGACCUACAAAAGCUGCAGAAAUGCCGUUCUUCAACUUUGCGACUUAAUCACUGCCGCAGGAAUCAAUCCUUCCCAACCUUGUACAUUAGUGAGGUCUGGGCCCCAGGUUGAGCAGACUGGAUGUAUUGAUUGGCUCCUUUCCCACCGUGAAAAACUUUAAUCCAAGGAUACUCAGCAGUUGCGUUGUAAGGCUGACCAGGUCAGUCACACAGGAUCCUACUACCACUAUCUUGGCACUCAUGGUGCUGGGGAUGGAGCAGCUGUAGCGUCCAUGCCAGGCCAUGCUGUGGGCUCUCUGGUUCCUGAGGGCUGGUACAGGCUGGCAUUCCUUGCUUUCCUGCCUGCUUCUUGUCUUGCUGUCAAUAGCAGUGUAUGAGCACUGACUCCUGAAGUCUGCAGUGUGCUGAUUUGUACUUCUGUUGCAGAGCCUAUGAAGUGAAGCUGUGAGUGAAAAGCGGAGCUAGUUGAACAAUUUACUUCACUUUACUUAAAAAAAUAGAGAAGUAAGUAAUAAAAAUAGAGUUAAGGUUGGGCUGAAUUUUUCUAGGGCUUCAGCAUUUCUCCAUCAUCUGUGUCAUGGCAACCUGAAGUGGAACAAUGAGUGGUUGAACUGAACCUCUGAUGAAUAUUUCUGCAAGCAUUUAUUUUAGCGAGAUGAGGAGGUGCCAUUAGCAGAAAUGCAUCCAGCAUAAGGAACUAAACAUCUUGUGAGUGCAGAGGUCUUGAUCUGGGAUAAAGCAGCAUCUCCCACAGGCUGUGUUCCUGUGAUCCAAAAGGUGUGGAGAAAGGGGAUGUGUGUGUUUGUGCACGUAUGUUGUAUUCCCAUCGAAGGUGAAUAUCAAUUUUGAUUAUCCGAAUAUUGAUAUAGCAGUUUAGAAAUAGUUUGCCCAGAGGAGUUGUUUGCACUGUUAUAUUUACCUGACCAAUGAAAUGAAGACAGCCUUUCAGUCCAUGAGUCGCAGUACAGUACAGUGUUUGCCAUUCGGAUUUCUAUGGUUGCACCAAGCAUGCAACAGUAUCCAAAGAAUUUUAUUGAAUUAAAGUAAUAAAACUGAAAAGUAGUAUUGACUUUUCUUUGGCUUUUUCAGCUUCAUGCUAAUUUUGGCCUUAGAAUAUAUUUCAAUGCUUUUUAGAUUCCAUUUUAUUUAGUUACUUUAUCUCUCAGAUUGCAGGCUUUCUGUUAAAUCAUGGUAACUGUUUGUUGUAAAGAAUGGGACAUUCUUCCUAGUGCUUACUGGCCCCAGUGUAACAUACAUUUUCUAAUGAUUUUUGCUGUUUUGCUGAUUUUGAGAAUUUGAAGCGCAAAGUGGGUUUAUGCAGGCCACAUGAAUUUCUGGCUUCAAGGCAACGAUAAGAAUUUUAAUGGCUUCGUAAAUGACACCAUGCAUUUAAAGUUGGUUUUCAGCCAUCUCAAGAUAGUUUGUUGUGCAAGAGUGGCUCCAGAGCAACAUUCUUUCCUUCCAGAAGAGAAGGUGCCAAGGGGAUUGGUAUGUGGAAGUGACUACAGACUGAAAGGUCUACUUCAGGAGUCUUAAAUAUUGUCCUCGAUGUAUUUUCACUCAGCGCAGCCUCCUGUUGUUUCAGAGGGCAGCAGUUGUGCAGAUCACACUGUGGAAGCGCCCUGGUGCUCUUUACAGACGCUUGCUUCCACUGGCUGGCCACUGCCUUCGGGCUGCUCAGGCCUUCACACCAGCCCUUGGGAAGCCUUUGGAGGGCUGCAGAAGAGAGCACGGCUCUGCCCAAGGAAGCCUGCUUGCAUGACCUGGCUUUUUGUGGUGCAGCCAAGGCGCCACGAUUUUUCUCCAACUUUCAAAGUUAGAGAAAUGCAUCACUUCCUCAGUUGCGGUUGGAGAUAUUUCCCAUCCAUCUUUGGCAGCUCUUUUAGAAAGACAGUAGACAUCCCUCUCUGAGUCUUGUUUUCACAAGCUAAGGGGUUGCAACCAUUCUUUCUCACACUGUUCCCUAACAUGCACAGUUGUACCCUCUCUUGGUUUCACUUCCUCUCUGCAGUAUCAUUCAUCUUCUGCCUUGCACUAGGCUUUUCCCUCAAUUCCUCUCUUCAUCUUCCCUACCACCAUCAUGCAUUUUUUCCUGUUUUUUUUCCUGCCUGGAUCUCUCUGCGCAUUGUGCAUCUCACUUUUUGCAGCAGGCACCACGCACCCCCAGAGCUAGGAUUGCCACUCUCCCUUUUAGUGCCAGAUCUCCGUGUUCUACCAUUUCCUUCCAUUUCAGCCAUUCUGGGAGAUAAAUCAUGAAUGUCAGUGGAGUGGACUUUCUUGCAUUGGUGUGCGAAGUAUGAGAUGAGUGGUGCUGUUCUGCCAAAAGGUGUUCAGUGACUGCUAUCAAGUGGUCCUUUGAUCUGGAGACAACCCAGAAGUCCUCACAGUUCUGCAAUACAGAUGUCAGGAGCUCUGCUUCUUCUACCCUUCCCUCUCCUUAUGCCCCUUCUCUCACUUUUCUGGGUUGUGCUCCUCACCUCCAUGGGCCUGGUGGCCCUGUCUGCCAGGCAGCUCCUGCAGCCCUUCUUACGUGUCUCUGAAGCUGUUCCACAAACAUCCCUCCAAGUUGCAGGUGGAGUUUUACGACCUGUGGGCCUUAAUAGUAGAGCUGAACGUGUAUUUCCCUCAAGAUCAGCAGCAGAGUUCUGAGGUUCUUGAGGAGAAAAUGGUCUUAUCUCUCUGGUACAGGCACAGAUACAGGUGAUUUCAGGUCAUCUGAAUAAUAAAGGUGCUGAACAACAGUUGCGUGCAGACAGUUGUGCUGUGCUCAACGUGCCGGUCAUCUCUGGCAUUAAAAUAGCUUUUUUUUUUUUCUGUAUUUUAGUCCCCAGAUUUACUCUGCAGUGGGAACUGUGCUUAUCGCAUGUUUAAAGCAGAUUUCUUCACUGUGCGUAUGGAGGAAGGUAAAGGAAGUGAUAAAUCUCUAAAGCCAGUAAGAUAAAACAAAUCCCCUCUAGCGAAGGGCCAGAUACGGCAUCUUCUCCUAUCUCAGUGUCUCGGUCUGCAGCUGCCCUCACUGGUGGGAAGAUGGCUGCUGCAGCAGCACAACAGAGGGUGCAGGAGGAAGGCCAGGGAGCAACUGCAUCACUAAGUCCAGUGCAGGGCUGAGGUGCUGUCUGUCAGCAAUGGAGAGAUAUAUGGGGUACUAGAGGGAAAAAAGCCACCACUGUGGUUGAAAAGAAAAUAAAGAAUAGGAUUGGGACACCGAGAAUUUUUGGCUUCUUUUCCCCCCAAUAAUCUGAAGAAGGUCCGUUGUCCUCCCAGUUUUUGAGAUGGGAAAUGCUUUGUAGUUAGUUAUUUCCUGCACUCCUUCUUAGCAUCAAAUCAAUAACAGGAUCAAACUCCUGACUCCAUGCUGUUCCCUUUCUUCCCUGUGCUGCUGUUGGAAGCUGGGGAGCAGCAGGCUGCAGGUCCCAGUGGUGCGGCUUCUGCUGUCUUGUGUGUCUGUUGCACCAAUGCCCUGUGAAAUGUAGGGCAGGUGUAGAGCUUUCCUGGGAGCCAUGGGGCCGCCUCUGGGCAGGCAUUGAAAGGCUCCAGCAGAGGCCAGAGAAUGCAGAGCGGACACUUUCUGUUUGCUGCCAUCCCCCUGCCACUGCAGACCUCCGGCAAGUCUUUGAGGUGCACUCAUCUUCUGAGUCACAUCCGUGUCACCCGGCAAGCGGCGUGAUGUUGGGAGAUGUCAUCUCACAUCACAUGGACAUUUGCAGGCUUUCUUCUCAGUGACCUUUCAGCCUCCCACCUCACUUCCUGUGUGAAUGGUUGCUUGUCUUUUCUGAAACAACAUCUUAGUUUCUUCUGGUGAUGAUAAGCAUGAAAGAAAAGCUACGUCAGCUAGAAAUGUACAAACACUGUGUGCUUCUCCUGCUUUCAGAAUAUCCCCUGAUUGCUCUUGUAUCCUUUUGGAAAGGCUGGGGAGCAGUGCUACCACAACAGAUUUUCUUCUCUACCACCUUCCCUCAUGACCACUGCUUGGCAAAGAAGUACAGCUCCUCUAGGCAGAGGGGCACACAUAUGCAGCUGUGCUCCUGGUAGGUCAGCUGGGCACUGCUAGCUCCAGCACUCACAUUCUUCGCUCAUUAGUGAAUUUAAAUGAUGUCAUUGGAGGAAAUUUCCUCCUAAUGCCACAGUGCUUUCAGCUUUCUUUUUUUUACCUGAAAUAGCCAGUUAAACAAAAAAAAUUCUGACAGACAAAAAAAAAAAUCAACACGAAACUCCAAGACUCACUUUAAUUGCAUCGUGAGGAGGUCUGCUCUCCUCUUGAGUCAAAAGAUUUUUAUUUGAUUAUGUUCAGAUUUUUACUCACCAAACACUGUAAAUCUUUUGGUUUUAAUUAAAGAUUUUUUUUUCUUUUGCAUUAGACUGAUGCUAAACUGGAUUCACUAAAUCUUCUUACGCUGUAAGUAGCAGUGACCCAGAUAAACACAUUUAAAAAUUCAACUGCUGAAACUACAGUAUGUUGCCUUUGUAAGACACAGUGAGAGGAAGUCUAAGCUAGUUCUAUAAAUUUACAAGGGUAACAUGUAGCUUCGUAUCAUUAAAAGCAGAUUCAUAGACUAAUUUAAUUCUUUUAAAUUAGAUGCGCAAAUCUGCAUGAAAAGAGUGUUACUUGGUUUGGCAUCCGAUGCUUCAAAGUUAGGAGGAGGCCUGUGAAAAAAUUACUUUUCCCUUCUGCGUCCGUUCUUUUGCAGUGCAACAACAGCGGCUUUGAGGAAAACGGAGGAUAAUUGCUUAUUUAUGGAUGUGGCUGCAGAGAGUCUGCAGUGCUUUGCCUUUCAGUGCCUGAGCUCGUAGUGACAGUAGUGUUUCAUGUAAGGGCUGGGGCCCAGACAGGCCCACUGCGUGCCCAUAGGCACGGCCUGGAUCAAGACGGGGACGUCAAGACUUCUCCAUGGACUGGAUUGAGAUGCAGACAUCAAGACUUGUCAGCGGACUGGAUCAAGAUGUGGACAUCAAGACUUCUCCAUGGUCUGGUUCAAGACAUGGAUGUUGCCAAAGUACCUUGUUGGCCUAGAUUUGAGUCAACCUAUUCCGUGACCCAAAAAACUGUGGUUUAGCAUUGCCUGGUGGGAUGCUACCCGUGGUUUCAGAUGUGCAUUUUGCAUGCUUUCUGCCAGAGCAGGUGAUAGAGACGGCAUCAGAAUGGCUGCUGGUGGCAUGGCAUGCUAGUUGGCCACACAGACCCCGCCAGUGCCCACAUGCUGGCAGGGAGGCCUGCUGGGCAUCUCUCACACCCUAUAACUUACCCGAACGUGGAUGUUACCACUUCUUCAGUCCUUGUGAAUUUUCAGACAGCAGCGUCAGCUGUGUUUACACAAGGAAGAAAUAUAUACUAUUGGGGACAAUCAGAUAAUAAACAGGCUUUAAUUAGCGCAAAAGAUGCAAUGGGACCUAAUCCCUCAGUGCCUGUUUAGACAGCCAGACCCAAACAGCUUGGGUCUGGUGCCCCAUUACUGUUCCUCUGGGGGAACCAGGGAACGCUCCAUUUUGUCACUGCCAUCCCAGUGCCUACAGCUGGUUGCUGGUGUGGGGCUUGUCCUAGACCUAGGGAGAUGCCACAGGCCAUGUCUUGCUGAGCAGGAGCAUGGACAUUCUUAUGUGUUUGUGGUUUGCUUGGUGUCCCCAAAGGAAGAGCCCAUGAAGGUGUGUUGCUACAAGAUCAAGAAGACAGGCAGCAAAAAAACCCCCAACAUUUGCUCCAGUGUGCUUGCAGGUAUUUUUUUCUUUUUUUUAAGAUGUUUUGUUCAUCGUUCUAUUUUAUUUCCUCUUAUUUGUAGUUAAAUGAAUGACACUGCAGAGCCAGCUUUUGUCCUUUACUGUGUGUAUGCACAGUGAUUCAUUUCUAGCUGAAAAUGUGACAACAUGAGAGCGAAGCUCUUCCCACUGGUGUUUUCGUGCAGGGAUUUGCCCAUUCUCCCACCUCCCUGGGAGAGCUGAGCCGUCAGUGCACAGCCACACAUACCCCUGCAGGUCUCUGAGGCUGGGCAGCACAGCCGGACGCCAGACCUCCCCUCCAGGUUUGCUGGAGUGGCCCGGUGACGUGCCCCAGGGGACUUACAGUCAAUGAUGAUGGAUUACGCUGGUCCAUUAAUGCAGCAGUCUCAUCUGGGAAAGAUGUAAUUGCCGUUCCGUGUCCCGCCGCUUCCGUAAGUUUUUCAGCACACGUAGUAGUGCACGUCGUGAUGGAGAUGGCUGGUGACAAAUGUUGCAGUAAAUAUGUCAGGGGCUCCGCAUCCCGUGGCAGCUCGCUUCUAUUCUGGUACCAGGCAGCCAUCGUUAAGAUGGGGGAAGUGAUGAGCACAAAAUUUGCUGUACUGCGUUCGUGAUGAUGUACCGCUCUUCUAAGAUUUGAUGGAAGAACGUGGGCAGUGCUGAUCUUGUUUCCUCCUGCAAGACGCGUCUGCAAAAUAGGUUUGUGUUGCCUGGAUCCUUGUGAGCAGGAAAGGCUCGGUGCAGCCGAUGGGAUGGAAAGCGGUGUGUAAACGGCUGUGAAACGGAGAUUUAAAAAAAACACUGCAUUUUUUCUCACAUCGCAGGAACCCCGUGCUUUUCUGGCUCUUCUAAACAAAAUGCCUGCAGCUGCUUACAGAUUUGCAAAGAUGAAAAGAAGGGGAUAUUUUUUCUUGGAAGCUUUUCCAUCCACACAGCUUUGGAUAGGGUGGCGUUUGAAACCUGGUGUGGGCGUGCUGUCUGCGUGAGGUUUAGUGCCGUCAAGUGGCUGACGAAAUGUUGGGUUUGGUGUACUGACGUGAUGACGUGUCAGAGAGGGAGAGUAAGUCCAGUAAAUCUGGAGCUACAAGUAUAAAAAUUGAUCUGGAACUGGCGAGCUGAGGGAGGAUAUUUGAGUUGGUGGGGAGGAAUGCAAUGUUAAAUAAUUGUCUUUUGCUCUCCAGACAGGUAAGGCGUCUGUCCCCUUCCUUCUUACAGUCUCCCUUUAGAUACUGAAAGGCCGCUAUCAGGUCCCACUGAAGCCGCCUCUUCUCCAAGCUGAACAGCCCCAGCUCUCUCAGCAUGUCCUCACUAUGGAAGUGUUCCAUCCUAGAGCUCUCCAGCUCCAGGUCUCGUCAUUGCUACUGCAUUCAUUGGGAACUUUCUGGUGCUCUCCUUCUGGCGUGCAGAGCCUGGAGGCUGUACCCUUUCCUGUCCAGCACAACAACAUUUGUGCUGCUGGUAAGCCCAUCAAAGCUGCACCUGGGAGCUGCCGUUUUGGCCCACCCAUUUUGGCUGUUGGAUGGCAUCAAUACCUGUAGUCGGUCAUGGGCACAUUCUUUCUUACCAUCUUAGGAACAUGUGUGCAUCACUAGAAAGGGUUGGUGUGCAGGAAAGUUUGAUUUUUUUAACAUGGUGCUGCAUUGCUGCUGAUUCUUUACUUAUGGAAGGCAGGAUGUACGUUGGGACAGUCAGAGGUUGUGAAAUCUGGGAGAAUUAGUGAUUCUGGCCAUGACGAUGUUGAAUUGUGAUCACAGCCUGCCUCCUGCUCGUUCUUCCUUGCUGCCAUGGGAGGGUUUGGGAGGCAGCUGUAGGUGUUGAAGCCAUCAUGGUGCAACGGGGCAAAGUCAGGUGUUUCACCUGCAGAAUGGUUGUAGCGGUUCACAGAUGGAUUUUAACUUGACCUGGCCAGCUGAGCAGGGUGACUGGUGUGAUGGAUCCCUGUCCCCUGCAAGCAGGAGCUGCAUGGUCAUGUCUGCAAGGAGGGACAGGCAAUGAAGGGCAGCCUCCCAUUCUCAUCUUGAUAUUGGAAAGAUCAAGGGAAUGCAGGGAGAGUGUGUGAGCCUGGGGUCGGGGGAGUGGGUUGGGAGGAAAGAGCGAGCUGAGGGUUGCUGAGCUGGGAACAAACCUCUGCCGAGGAGCUGGCAAGGCUUUGAAGUCGUGUCACUGACAUCAAACUCUGAGACCCUUUGUAGGAAACACAGUGCUUUAAGGACUGUUUAAUAAAGCUCUCGACUGGGAAAGGAGCAAAUAUUUUAUCAGGCUGACGCUGAGUGCUUUUUGUUGUGGGUUUUGGGGGAAGCGGGACUGGCAAUUACAUUUAAUUGAUAUCCUUUUCCUCUUGUUAUCAUUGGGGUAUCGAUUGCUGGGAAAACAAAAUGCGUGUUUUAAAAAAUUUACUGUAAAGUCACAGCUCUCAUUUGUUUUGUUUAGCUCUCUGCUCUCAAGCAGCUCAUUUUUCUUUGCUUCGCUGGCAAAUAGAAUGUUUUGAUUGAAAACAAUACUAAAUAAUCAGUUAGAUGGGAUGUUUAAUGACAGGAAAAAUUGUUUAAAAUAUUUUUUCCCAUAGGAAAAUCAUGCCGUUUGCUUUUCAAGCCUAAGAAGCCUUUUAAUGCCAUUGUAAGUCUGCAUCCUUCCUACUGUCUCGCUCCAGAAUCAAACACGUGGGCACAGUGCGUGUGUUGAAGCGUGUGGUUCAAGGAGUGGUGGAUCCCAGGAGCUCUGGCACAAGAGACAUCCAUCCCCUGAGUACAUCCAGUUUUUCCCUCCAUCACUUUCAUGGGGGAUUUCUUAGGCCCCCACCUGCUGUCGUUUCUACAUCCCUGUGGGUUACCCAAGGCAGUGCAGCAGCCUCCAGUGCCCCUGUCCCAAAGAAGUGAUGCAGGUGAAUGUUCCCUCGGUCGCAGGAGCAGGGCCUCGUGUUCCCUGGUCUGAACAGGAAUUUGGAGCGUGAAAACUGCAGUGAGGUUGCAGGGAUGUCGCCAAACUCUGCGGCACGUGACUCAGCAGUAAUUAUGGCUGGCAAAUUUAUAUUUGUCCUUCGCAUGUCAGGUUCAAUACAUCAGCUUUCCAUAUGCUGUCUGGGGCUCUGAGCGCGUGUCCAGCUCAGUGCAAGCUGAGCAACCUGCUGCUGCUGCGUGGGCAUUGCCGUGCUGCUCUGAGGGGUAAAAUAGAGCCCAUCUGGGCAGGGUUUGUUCCCAGCAGCAAAGCUCUUCUGCUGCAACAGUUUUGAGACAGCCGGGAUUGGGAUGUGCUGUGGGUUCCAUGCCUUGGAUCAUUUUUUGUGGCCCUCCUCUGGACACGCUCCAUCUGUGGUUUAUAUGUACAGGAGAGCUACUGGCACGUUAAUACCUCCAUGUGAAAGCUCGCUUCCUCCAAAUACUUCUUUUCUAUUCCAGCAACACCCUUAGUAACGACAUGGAAAGCCUUUAUGUGCGUGCGGCUGUAACAACACAGCACAGUCGUCGCAGGAUGCAAGGCGAUUCACGGCUCACUGCUGGGUGUCAGUGCGUGCCCCGGUCGCCCUCUGCCUUAUCUACUGCAGAAGGAUGCAGAAAGAUGGGGCGGGCUUUGGCUGCCUGCAAUUGCAUGCGUGGCAUGGCUGGUCCCACAGCGAGCACCCACAGCCCUGGGAAAAGCUGACAUGGGCAGGGGAUCAGCAAGCAGGCCGGAGUUAUCACCGCCUUCAUAAUGGCAUUUCUGCACAGCUAACGUAUCAUUUCCUGUAGAGCUGCACACAUCAUUGCUUAGUGCCAUGAACUUAACUCUUAUCAGCGCCCCAGUGGGAAAACCCAAGUUAUUUACAAUAGCUUUCUUUUCAGUGUUGUAAGCUUAUUUUCAAUUAAAACAAACAGCAAAUUAAAUAUUAAAUAGAUAAGUAGGGAAAGUGAAAUUAAUUGAUUUUCUGGCACCAGGGUAAGGCAGAAAGAGGAACCUUAAGGCGGUUUUGCUGAGUUGCACUGCCUUCCUUCUUGCUUAUCAGGUACAUGGGACUGGCUUUAAAAGCCAGGCAGCUCUCACUAUGUGUUGAGAAGCAGCAGUCCUCAAAGUAACAGCAGUGCAUACUUCAGGUUAUUCUUUAUUAAAAGAGAAAUGUAGUAAAGCUUUCACUGUUAGUAGCAAUGUUGGAGAAUGCAGUUUAGUGUAAGUCCUCUCCAUGGAGACAUAGAUUCAUAGAAUGACUCAGGUUGGAAGGGACCUCAAAGCCCACCCAGCCCCAACCCCUGCUAUGGGCAGGGCUCCCCCACAUCAGCUCAGGCUGCCCGGCCCUCAUCCAGCCUGGCCUUGAGAGUUGUGCCUUGCCACCCAGGUGCUGCUGGCAUCGCUGGGUUCCUCCACCUCAGGGACACACGGAAUGCAGCUUGGAACGGCAUUUGACUGUGCCUUAAAAUCCCCAAAGCAGAAGCAGGCAUUUCUUCCAGGUGCCUGAUGGUGAUAGAUGAGCUCUUUUUUCCCUUGUCUAGAUACUUCCUCUGCCCUGUCGCUUUCUAAAGCAGCAGUGGGGGAUUUUAUGAUGCUUCAGACUUUCCUCCUGCACAGUUAUCUGUCUCUCUCUGUGGGUCUGUGCAGCAUGCUAAUCCCUCAAGGCAUUUACGCAGCAUAAUUUUCAUCUUAAUUUUUCUAUUUCUCAAUGCUAAAUGGCUUUAGCAGGGGAAUAGAAGGUCAUUUUUCCCAUCCCCACCAGAUUACUCGUUUGCUGUGGAAACGCAGAGAUCAUCUCACGCUUUGCAAACAAACGGCAGAGCAGAAGUCCUGGUCUGUCUGCAGUGCUCCUCAGUGCCGCCGAAUGGAGGGCAGCAGGGGUGCGGGGCUGGGCUGCAGGCCUGAGGGAGUGUUGAAUGGCUCUUUUAUAAGGAGGGAGAUGAUGUGAGAAGUAUAAAACCUCUUUUUAAUUCCUCAACAAGAUGAGCCUGCUUGUUUUGGUGCCGCUGCUCCUCGCUAUCUGAAUCAUCAGCAUUAUUUCUCUCCUGCUUUCUCGUGCUCGGGGAAUCUCUGCCUGCAGCCAGUGCUGAGUGAGGAAACAAACAGAACCCCUCAACCCCGCAGUCGUGUUUUCCUCUCAACGUUUCACGAGAUGAGAAGAAUCAUGAAUUAUUCUCCCUCAGCCAGCAGCAGCGGGGGAGAAGGAAUGACUCAUCUGUUUACUUUUAAAAAUCCUCUUUAAAAAUCAGAUGUGCCCGAUGAUACACGAUCGGUAUUUCUCUCGCCCGGCCCCAGCUAUUAACUCCCGACAUUGCUGUAGUCCUGCUCUGGCCGUGACACAGUGCUGCCAAACCCUGGGAUUUACAGGCCUCGGGAGGGAUGCUCUGGUUUCCCGUUUCCCUGCCUUGGCCGUGGUUUGCCCUUUGUUCGGGGUCGGUUUUUGCGUCUGUCUGCGCUGAGCUGGCAGGUGACGGUGCUGCUCCCGCAGCCGUCCAUGCGAGCAGGGCAGCGCUGUGAGCAGCCGGGCCAUCCGUACAACCAUGGGAACAUUGAAGUUGGAAAAGACCACUAAGAUCAUCAAGUCCAACAUCAGCUCGCGUACCCAAAACAGGCUUAGGGUCUGCGUGUGGCUGCUGCGGGCCAAGGAUGCGGAGCGGUGGUGAUGGUGCGCGGUCUGCUCUUGGGUAACAGCGUGCAGCGGUGCGCAGGUGAGGAAUGUAAAUCUGGGGUGCUCCGGUGCUUCCCCAUGGUAACAGAGUUAAAAAUGGACAAGUUUCCAUGGUGAUUAUUACCGCAGGAUGCGCUGCUCACUUCAGGAGUGGCACGGGCAGCAUGGCAAAAUCUGCGGGCGGAAAUUAUUUACCCUUCUGAAUAAAUGAAGGCACAGCGCCAUUAAUACGCUGCUUUGCAGGGAGCAUGGGGGGAGCAGAGUGUUAAUCUUUGUAGGAAAUAGGUUGCAGAUUUCACUGUCACCAUGAACAGAAACAAUCUCUGUCCUUUUUUUGUUGACAUUUGCUUGGUUUAGAUAAAGACACAGGCUGCUAAAGUAAAUUUGAAUCAGAACCACGGAACGGGUUGGAGAGGACCCUAAAGCCCGUCCAGCCCCAACCCCUGCCAUGGGCAGGGCUGCCCCCCACCGGCUCAGGGCCCCCUACAACCUGGCCUUGAGUGCCUUCAGGAAUGGAGCACCACAGCUUCUCUGGCAGCUAUGCCAGCACCUCACCGCCCUCUGAGUGAAGGAUUUCUGUCCCUUGAGGUCUUCAAGAAACAUGUACAUGUGGCACUGAGGGAUGUGAUUUUUAGAGGCAUAGUGGUGAUGGGCUGACAGUUGGACUAGAUGGUCUUAGUGGUGUUUUCUGACAUUUAUGAUUCUAUCAUAAACGUCUAAGAUAUUUGCCCUUGUAAAAACUCAGUCUCCCUCCUGUUUAUAAGCUCCCCUCAAGUUCUGGAAAGCCACAAUGAGGUCUCCCCGCAGUCUUCUCCAGGAUGAACAAGCCCAACUUCUUCAACCUUUCUUCGUAGGAGAGGUACUCCUGCACUCUGAUCAUCCUCAUGGCUUCCUCUGGACCCCUGACAGGCUGUGUCAGAGGCCAAGCGAUGUCGGUGCCGGAGCCCCUGGCAGCCCCAUCCUGCUGACGGCGAUGUGAGCGUGGCGCUGCGGAGCCCCAAAGCCCUGCGAGAUGGAGGAGCUCUACAAGGAGACUCCCAACCUGCCCAUGGAUGUCACCAGCCCACCGGCGGCCAUGGCCAACAACAAGCUGGAGAACGGCGUGGCCCAGCUGAUCACAGCGGAGGCCUGGAACAUCAAUUCAGCUGACCUGAUGAAGAAGGCCCUGUCCCCGCUGGUGACCGUCCCUGCUCCCUCCAUCCUGACACCGCCGGCUGAAUCACAGAGCGGGGUGGCACUGAAGGUGGCGGCCACUGUGCUGCAGCCCAUCUGCCUGGGGGACAGCCCCGUUGUCCUGCCUAUCCACCUGCAGGUGGCCGGCAGUGCCGCCCCGCAGAUGCCGGCCAGUGGUGCCACCCCGUACGUCAUGACCACGCAGGGCCCCAUCCCACUACCAGUCCUACUGGAGCAGCAUGUUUUCCAGCACCUCAACUCGCCCUUGGUGCUGCCCCCCGGCACUGCCUGCCCUGCCAGCCCCCUGCAUGGUGGUCUUUUCCCAGGCGCCUCUGCCCCUGUCAGCCAGCCCCAGCUCCUGGACCCCAAACCGUCGGGCCCAGGCCAGGAGCCCGUGCUGCCGCCUGUCUUUCAGACACCGGGUUUCGCCGCAGUCCUGCAGGACCUCUUCCCCUCAGGGCAGGGCGCCCUGGGCUCGGCCCCCUGCCAGCCCCCUCCUGACUAUGCUGCCCUCCCACCCCAGGCCUUCAGCUCACCCCUCUCCCCGCUGGUGCCCCCUGCCACGCUGCUGGUGCCCUACCCUGUCAUCGUGCCCCUGCCCGUCCCCGUGCCCAUUCCCAUCCCUGUCCCCAUCCCCAUGCCCCAUGGUGCUGAAGCCAAGGUGACCCCCGACCCACCCAAGCCCCCACUCUUCACCCCGCAGCCCUGCAAGGGCACCCAGACCCCUCUGGAGAAGGAGGAGACGAAGCCCUUUGACCUCGUCCACCAGCGGGACUUCUCCCAGCUAAACCGCCACACUGUCAUCAAGAUGGGCAGCGAGAACGAGGCGCUGGACCUCUCCAUGAAGAGCCCGCCCAUGGCUCGGGCCUGCGAGGCUGCCCCGCCACCGCCAUCUCCUGAGGACGGGGCACUGGACCUGUCGCUCUCCUCGUGCCGCAAGCCAGGGGGUCCCCAUGGGGAGACGGCCGGCAGUGGGCCCAGUGCCGAGGGCAGCCCGCAGGACAAGCCGGCCACCCCCUUCGCCCCUUCCAAAGCGCCGGAGGCUGCAGGCAAGGCGGAGGGCAGGGUGGUGGGGCCGGGGCCAGGUGAGCUCCUGCGGCCGCCACAGAAGUGGUUGGUGGAACCAGCCGGGAGGGCGGCCUGCGAACCCAAGGCCGGUGGCAACAACAUUGAGAUCGUCAGCACCUCUCAGACAGCCAAAGUCAUCGUCUCUGUCAAGGACGCCGUGCCCGCCAUCUUCUGCGGCAAGAUCAAGGGCCUGUCGGGGGUGUCCACCAAAAACUUCUCCUUCAAAAGGGACAUGCCCCAGGACUCAGUGCUGCAGUGCUACGACAUGAAGAGCCAGCCCGAGCCGCGGGACAACACCGAGGCGCUUAGGAAACCCGUAAAGAACAGGAGCGUAAAGCUAAAGAAAAUGAACUCGCCCGAAAUACACAUUCUUCCAAUAAAGAAGCAACGGCUUGCUGCCUUUUUUCCAAGAAAGUAAAUUAUGGGUUUUUAGAAUUUUAAGAUUAUUAUGGAAAAAAAAAAAUAAUAAAAAAGAUGCACUUGGUUUUAAACUCAUUUAAAACUUUAAACUAUCUUUGUAAGUUAUUUUUGGGGAAGGGGGAGAGGAGCAGAAGUAGAGUCCCUAUAAGCUGGGUUUCUUCUUUUUUUUUUGUUAUUAAAUUUUGACUUUUCGUGGGAAACUGAAUAAAAGCAACCUAUUUUUCAAGCAGAUUGCACAUUUUGCAGCUUUAAUGGAGUAACGGAUGAGUCAGAGGGGUAAGAGCUAUUUUCACUGCCAUAAAGUGCUUUGAUGAUGUAAUUCUUCAUAAUGGUUAGAACGGAAAUUUCAAAAUAAAUGUUUGUAUGUGCUAA